UAGACUGAAAAGCUAAAUUAUGGCACGCACCAAGCAAACUGCAAGAAAAUCCAUGGGUGGAAAAGCAUCAAGAAAACAAAUGGUCGCUAAAGCUGCUCGAAAGAGUGCUCCAGCCACAGGAGGUGUAAAGAAACCUCAUCGUUACAGGCCCGGAACUGUAGCCCUCCGUCGUCACCAGAAAUCAACUGAGCUGCUCAUCAGAAAACUCCCUUUCCAGAGACUGGUGAGAGAAAUCGCCCAGAACUUCAAGACCGAUCUGAGAUUCCAGAGCUCUGCUGUCCUGGCUCUUCAGAAGGCCAGUGAGGUAUACUUGGUGGGUCUCUUCGAAGACACUAAUCUCUGUACCUUUCACGCAAAGAGGGUGAUAAUCAUGCCGAAAGACAUUCAGCUCACCCGCAGAAUCGGAAAGAGUCCGGGGCUCGUGGAAACCAGGGGUGUUCAGAAAUGA